CCAUGAACGACAUUGGGGACUACGUAGCCUCCAACUUGGAGAUAUCCUGGCUCCCCAACCUGGAUGGCCUAAUAGAGGGCUACGCCCGCAACUUCCGGCCUGGUAUUGGAGGACCCCCUGUGAAUGUGGCGCUUGCCCUGGAAGUAGCCAGCAUCGACCACAUCUCAGAGGCGAACAUGGAGUACACCAUGACCGUGUUCCUGCACCAGAGCUGGCGAGAUGGCAGGCUCUCCUACAACCACACCAACGAGACCCUGGGCCUGGACAGCCGCUUUGUGGACAAGCUGUGGCUGCCGGACACCUUCAUCGUGAACGCCAAGUCAGCCUGGUUCCAUGACGUGACCGUGGAAAACAAGCUGAUCCGGCUGCAGCCGGACGGGGUGAUCCUGUACAGCAUCCGAAUCACCUCCACAGUAGCCUGCGACAUGGACCUCGCCAAGUACCCGAUGGAUGAGCAGGAGUGCAUGCUGGACCUGGAGAGCUACGGCUACUCUUCGGAGGACAUCGUCUACUACUGGUCGGAAAACCAGGAGCGGAUCCACGGGUUGGACAGGCUGCAGCUGGCCCAGUUCACCAUCACCAGCUACCGCUUUACCACCGAGCUGAUGAAUUUCAAAUCAGCUGGCCAGUUCCCCCGGCUCAGCCUGCACUUCCACCUGCGGCGAAACCGCGGAGUCUACAUCAUCCAGUCCUACAUGCCCUCUGUCCUCCUGGUGGCCAUGUCCUGGGUCUCUUUCUGGAUUAGCCAGGCUGCCGUGCCCGCCAGGGUGUCUUUAGGCAUCACCACCGUGCUGACGAUGACCACGCUCAUGGUCAGCGCCCGGUCCUCCCUGCCGCGGGCCUCGGCCAUCAAGGCGCUGGACGUGUACUUCUGGAUCUGCUACGUGUUCGUGUUUGCCGCCCUGGUGGAGUAUGCCUUUGCCCACUUCAAUGCGGACUACAGGAAGAAGCGGAAGGCCAAGGUCAAGGUCACGAAGCCGAGGACCGAGGUGGACGUGAGAAACGCCAUUGUCCUCUUCUCCCUCUCGGCCGCCGGGGUCACACAGGAGCUGGCUGUUUUGCGCGGGCCGUGUCGUGUGUCCGGGAACCUCAUGGGCUCCUACAGGUCUGUGGAAGUGGAGACGGGGGAGCUGAAGAAGGAGGGCGGGGCCCGCCCCGGGGGCCUGCGUGCCAGGCUCAAGCCCAUUGACGCAGACACCAUCGACAUUUACGCGCGUGCAGUGUUUCCUGCGGCCUUCGCAGCUGUCAACGUCAUCUACUGGGCAGCGUACACCAUGUGAGGGCGCCAUGCUCCCCCCCUGAACCCACCCUGCUGCCAGGAGGGCUCCUGCAAGAGCAGGGUGACAGCCCUCAGGGUGCCAGGGAGGGUGA